CCCAGGAAAAGUGCAUGUGACACUGGCCCCACUACACAAUGCACUAGGUUAGGUACACAAUUGGAUGUACACAAUGCCGGGACCCCUGUCAAUCAUCUCAAUUCCAGCCUCAGCUUAGCCACGAGGGAGCUUAAUGAAGGGAACUUUUUACAGGUACCACCCCCUAAACUCACCUAACUCACCUUAGGUAGAUAGGUACCUACCUAACCUAAGCUUGUGACGCAAGCUUCCCCGGACCUGCAUUGUGGACCCCCACCACGACUUGCUGUAAGCCUGUAACUCCCUUUUGGACUUUUUCUUCCAAAUCAUCAAAAAAGGGAAGAUAGCUUCAGUUAAAACCUCAGCUUAACGACUAUCCCCACUCCCUUAUCCUAAUCUUCCUCAAAAUUCCUUAUUCUUCACCACGCAAUCCCCUCACUUAUCUCACCUUCUUUUCCUUCCCCUCACUCCCCUCACUCCCACCCCCUAAUAAAACCCGCCGCAAUGGACGAAAAGAAACAACCUCCUCCCCCUGAAACCACGCCCUCCGACCCACCGCCAGACUACGAGACCUCAGCUCUCGAACACGUACACGGACAAAGCCAAGGCCUACCCACACGACAGCAGCAGCAGCAGCAGCUCCGACGGCCUCCGCCCGGCGCUCUGCUCGACCUGCCUAUCCUCAAGUACAUGCGCACGCACCGCGUGAUCCUCGCCUCCGCGUCCCCCCGCCGCCGCGCCCUCCUCUCGCAGCUCGGUCUCCCGAACCUCGAGGUCCGCGCCUCCACCAAGGCCGAGGACCUGCCCAAGACAGACCUCGGCGCCUACGGCUACGUCUCCGCGACCGCCCAGCAGAAGGCCCUCGACGUGUACGCCGCGCUCGUCGAUGAGGCCGCCGAGAAGCAAUCCGAGCCCCUCCCUCCCGCCGCCACUUCCACAUCCUCCACCAACAACAAAACUGCCGCCUCUUUAGAAGAUGUUGAGUCGCUGGAGUCUCGCCGCGCGAGGAAGGACCCGGACCUGGUGAUCGCGGCGGACACGGUGAUCGUGACGCGGGACGGCAGCGUGCUCGAGAAGCCGGGGUCGGAGGCGGCGCACGUGCGCAUGCUGCGGCACCUGCGGGACACGCGGACGCACCGGGUGCUGACGGCGGUGUGCUGCGUGGCGCCGCGGGCGGACGCGCAGCACCCGGGGUACGCGAUGGCGUCGCACGUCGAGGAGACGAAGGUGGUGUUCGGCCGCGAGCACGACGGCCUGCCGGACGACGUCAUCGACGCCUACGUGCGGACGCGCGAGGGCGUGGACAAGGCCGGCGGGUACGCGGUGCAAGGGCUCGGGGGGGCCUUGCUGAUCGAGAAGGUGGACGGGUCGGUCGAUAACGUCAUUGGGUUGCCUAUGCGGAAGACGCUGCAGCUCUGCGAGAAGGUCGUCUUUAGGCAGAAUGAGGAGAGCGAUGAGGAGGAGGAGGAUGACGAGUAAGGGGGGGCGGGGGAAUGAGGUGAUAGGAUUAGGGAUAAGGAUAGGGGCUAGAUAUCUGGACACGGUGCAUAUGUGGAUGCAUGAAAGAUGACCAUGCAUGCCUCUUGUUUACCUAGGUAUUUAAGAAGGCUUUGGAGCCCAAGUGUCGAACCUCGAAUAUAGAUCAGGUCGUGCGUCGGCGCAGCCAUGCCGAGGUUCAAAGCCGGCAAAACAGGCUCGGGCUAUAUCUACCUCAGAGAGGGGACGAUAUGACAGCAAUAGACAAGCAAGCACGUGGCAGUUUUCGAGCCCCUUUUUACACUCUAUCCAGACCAAGUUGAUGAUCUAAUAUACCUAAAUAUAUACAUUGAAAAUAUAAU